AUGACAACCGCAAGUGAUAAUGCGGAGAUAAUCCAGUACGCUCCAUUCAUAUCUUUUGUUCACCCUUCCUUUUGGAACAAGCUUAAAGACCUAAAACUUGAGGUCGACAAAUUAUGUGAGACCAAGAAACAAGUUUUUGGGCGUUUCAUAUAUCGGGACACAAUCGGAACCGUGUUUGAAGUAGAUGGAACCUCAUUUAAUCAGAUUCCAGAAACAGGUCAACAAUGUUGUCUUACUGUGGAGGGUACAAUAAUGAACAAAAACACAUUAGAAGAAUUCAAAACUAUCGACAAAGCAGUUUUAUUGAAUGUAAUUGGGCAAACUUUAUGGGCGAAUGUCGAGGAUAUGACGUGGAUUAAAAAGCCUGGAAGCUUACUGAGCUUCAUUAUUUUAUCUUUUGCGGACCUCAAAAAAUUCAACUACUAUUACUGGUUCGCAUUUCCCGCUCCUAGUCAGCCUACUCUUUACACCAAAGAUCCGAAACAAAUAACAAACGAACUAAGCAACAAGCAAAUUGAAGACUUAAACGAAGGAUUUCAAAGCUUAGAUUAUUCACAAAAAUAUUUCUUCAUUGCUGUUAAAGAGAAUGACAACAUAACACUGAAGACUCUAGAAGAUUUUAUGAAAAAUGAAAUUUCGCAAAAUGAUUUAGAACAAAUAUAUUUUGUUUUUACUGAUCCUAGUUCAGGGGACAAUCCUGGUUGGCCCUUAAGAUUAUUCAUGGCUGCUUUGUUAAAAGCGUGUCCAAAUUUAUCUGAUUCAGAAUUAAAAGUAAUUGCUCUGAGAGUCGAUAGGACUGGCGGAAUUGCUAGCAGCAGUCGCAAUUUUACUGUAGUGACUAAGAACAUUCAACCAGUGGAAAGUGCAGGAUGGGUUGGUUGGGAGAGGAAUGAAAAAGGCAAUUUUGGACCUAGACUUGCUAAUAUGUCUGCCUCGAUGGAUACACGAAUAAUGGCCAGUGAUCAGGCAGAUCUGAAUAUAAAGCUAAUGAAAUGGCGACUAGUACCUGAGCUAGAUGUGACGGUAAUGGGCAAAACCAGUUGUUUGCUAUUAGGUGCUGGUACGUUGGGAAGUCAAGUGGCGCGAGGUUUGUUGGCUUGGGGAUUCCGGACGAUAACAUUCAUAGACAAUGGUAAAGUCUCAUUUUCAAAUCCUACGCGACAGUGCCUUUAUAAUUUCAUGGAUGCUUGUCAUAGCAAGAUGAAAGCAGAGGCUGCUGCAGCCGCUGUACAACAGGUUCUACCUGCUGUAACGAGCAAAGGCAUUGUUGCCCACAUACCCAUGCCCGGUCACCCUGUAGGAGAAUCUUUGAAGACCGAGACGAUAUCAAGCAUCGAGACGAUUACGGAAGCCAUUCAACAGCAUGAAGUCAUUUUUCUCUUACUGGAUACGAGAGAAGCUAGAUGGUUACCCACUUUACUUGGAGCGCACUUCGGAAAGAUUGUAAUAAACGCGGCGCUAGGGUUCGACAGCUAUUUGGUGAUGCGACAUGGUCUCAACAAAACCCCACCGCAAGAGGGCACCAGUGUACAUUCAACGUACAUAUCUGGGUCGGAACUCGGGUGUUACUUUUGUAAUGAUGUUACCGCGCCUGGUGAUUCAAUGAAGGAUCGCACUUUAGAUCAGCAAUGCACAGUGACGCGACCUGGUGUGUCGGCUAUUGCAGGCGCAUUGGCCGUCGAGCUACUCGUCGCCAUGUUACAACAUCCUUUGAAAGCUCAAGCCCCCGCUCUCUAUAAUUUCAACGAUGAAGAUAACCAACCAACAGACUUGCAAGGUGUAUUAGGUGCCAUACCACAUUCCAUCAGGGGUUUCCUUCAUAACUACCAAAACGUUGCGCCCACUAGUCGUAAGUUCGAGCAGUGCAUCGCCUGUUCCGAUAUUGUGGUCAAACAGUAUAGAGAAGAAGGAAUAGAGUUCUUAUUAAAAGUGUUCAACAGUGGAAAAUAUUUGGAGGAACUCACUGGAUUGUCGGAGUUGCAUUUAGCGGCUGAAGUUACCGAUUUAAUGGCUUUAUCGGACGAUGAAGAAGAUUGACUUUUAGGACAAAGUGACAAUUUAAAGAAAUCAUAAAUCAGUUAAUUACGAUAUAAAAUGUCGCUUCUAUGUCUCGCAAUGUGAUAUUUACUGUUUAAAGCUAUCAAGUUAAAUUUUGACUUUGGCCUCGUUGUGUGUUAUUAAUAGAAGAGCGACUGAAGGACUUCAAUCCAUGGUCAUGAAAUAAAUAUAAUAAUAUUAUAUUAAUAGAAGCAAUUGCAUUGAAUUACUUGAUUUCAAAGUCGAUACUAAGUACGCAGUGACACGAGCUGCGUGCUAAAUGCACGAAUUGUAAAUUAGCAGUUGCAAUGCAGUUUGUAUGUUUACGCCUUAACGCUGGUGGUAAUAUUGUGGCUUUUAUUGUCUACAAAUACUUGUUGCCCUCUUAUGUAAAAAGUACUGUAAAUGCCUGUGCCAUAAUCCACUAAUCACACUAAAAUUAUGAAGUCGUAAUAAGUAUCGGAUUUUCUAUACCUUUCCAGUUUUUUUGUAUAACUUGAUAUAAUUAAGUCUCACAGCACAAAAAUGCUCAUUUUGUUGCAAUAGAAGCUUUAAGUGUUAUUCUUUUGUAUUGUUCAAAGAUAUGUAUAAUAUAAUGAUAUUUGUACGAGUAUAAUAAA